AUGGGUGACUGGAGCUUUCUGGGGAGACUAUUAGAGAAUGCACAAGAGCACUCCACGGUUAUUGGCAAAGUUUGGCUGACGGUACUAUUUAUCUUCAGGAUCCUGGUGCUGGGGGCUGCUGCUGAGGAAGUGUGGGGAGAUGAACAAUCGGACUUUAUAUGCAACACACAGCAACCUGGUUGCGAAAAUGUCUGCUAUGACAAAGCCUUCCCCAUUUCCCACAUCCGCUUCUGGGUGCUUCAGAUCAUCUUUGUCUCUACGCCAACCCUCAUCUACCUGGGCCAUGUGCUGCACAUUGUGCGCAUGGAGGAGAAGAAGAAAGAGGAAGAGCUAAAAAAGAAGGGAAGCAGCAGGGACAGCAACCACCAGGGGGGAGCAGCAGCAGCAGCAGGUGGCCGAGGGAGUAGCAACAACAGCAGCACCAAUAAGGAGCCAUUCCCAAAGAAGGAGAAGCCACCAAUCCGUGAUGAGCGGGGUAAAAUCCGCAUCAGUGGUGCCUUGCUCCGCACCUAUGUCUUCAACAUCAUUUUCAAAACUCUGUUUGAGAUAGGCUUCAUUGUGGGCCAAUAUUUCCUCUAUGGCUUUGAGCUGAAGCCACUCUACCGUUGCAGCCGCUGGCCUUGCCCAAACAUUGUGGACUGCUUCAUUUCACGGCCCACUGAGAAGACCAUUUUCAUCAUCUUCAUGCUGGUGGUGGCAUGUGUCUCGCUGCUGCUCAACAUGCUUGAGAUGUACCACCUUGGAUGGAAGAAGCUCAAGCAAGGCGUGACCAACCAAUACCGCCCUGAUCCACUCCCCACUGCCAUUGCACCAGCUACCAUUGCAAGGGACUCCAAACCUAUUACUCUGCCACUGCCAUCUCCAGCAGCGUUCCCUACUGUCUCGCCUGCUCUGCCGGAUUCCCAUACCAUCACUCCGCUGCUCUCUUCACAGACUGUGCCGCCUUACUAUGCUGAAGCCACUGCUAGGGCACAACCAGCUGCCACAACUUUCCUGGCUGACUACCCCAGGGCUCCUCCAUUCUCUGAGGAGCAACACAAUACUGCCACUCCCACCCCCACCUCUAUCCCAAUCCCAACUCCAACCUCCAUCCCAACACCUAUGCAAGCCAUCACCCCCUGCUUCAAUGGCAGCAGCCAGGUCUUAGCUGUCGAGCAGAACUGGGCCAAUCUGGCAGUCGAGCAGCAGAGGAAGCCACCAGCCUCCAGCUCAGCUGCCUCCUCUGCCCCCAGCAGCAUCGGACAACAGUCUCCAAAGCAAGAGGCAGCCAGUGAGCAGCCGCUGCCGUCGCCACCUCUUUUGCCACCUGUAGCAGCAGUCAAUAGCAGCAGCAGCACCAGCCUGAGCAGAGGAAGCAGCAGCAAGUGGGAUGUAGAAGGUGAAGAGGAGGCCACAAAGGAAUGGCCAGUGUCAGCUGCCUGCACUACAGUAGAAAUGCAUGAGCCGCCACUGCUCAUAGACACACGGCGCUUAAGCAGGGCUAGUAAGUCAAGCAGCAGUAGAGCCAGGUCAGAUGACUUAGCUGUGUAGCGUGGUCCCCAGCACUGGGAGAAGCAGAUGAUGAAAGCAAAGUGUGAUGAGGAGCUGCAUUGGGGAUGAGGCCAUGCCCCAGCACAGGGGGUGAGGGAGGCUGGGGUACAAACUUUGAAGCUUGCUGUUCUUGCACUCUGUGAGUUGUAGUGGGGAUAAAUAUCUACAUUUUCUAGUAGGUCA